CUCAUACAAGUUCUCGUGAAGCUGUUAUCUCAGUGACAGACAGUGGAACAGCCACCUCUAUACCGUAAUGAAAACUUUGGCUUCUGUUUCAUUCCCUCAAUCAUUCUUUUCGCAAAGGAGAGCAGGUUAAAAAUAGCGUGGCUAAAUUGGCUGCUCACAAUGAGUGUGUGGCAAAGGCGAUAAUGGGAUGCGCGAUUAGUCAGCGCACAUCUGUGAGUUUUGUCACCAGCAGACGGGCUUGUAAAGUCCAUGGAUAAAAGGCGCGCACCAUGGUGCUGCUUGACUCCAACGGAACCGGAGGCGCACUGAACUCGGAGAGUUGGAGGAGUUCUUUCAUGAUUGGGGAGCGUUUCAUGGACCCCAGCACGGCCAAUACCAACAUGUUGAUCUCAGAGGCUUUGGUACCACGGCUCAUCAGCAUUGCGCAUGAGGCUGGAGAAGCUGUGGUCGCGGCGGCAGCAGCAUCGGGGUCCGACGGCGCCCUACCCUCGGGCUCUCCGAGUCUACUUAUGGAAAUGGCGAAUGGCUCGCACUGUGGUGAACAGAUUAUCAGUCACGGUAAACUGGAGAAGGUCGUGAUCGGCAUGGUGCUUACUUUACUCACUUUCAUCACCAUUUGUGGCAAUCUUCUGGUGGUAAUUUCGGUGUGUUUUGUGAAGAAGUUGCGACAGCCCUCAAACUACUUGAUCGUCUCACUGGCGCUGGCAGACCUGGCAGUUGCGCUCGCCGUCAUGCCGUUCGUCAGCAUCACCGACCUGAUAGGUGGCCGGUGGAUUUUUGGACAAUUUUUCUGUAAUGUUUUUAUUGCCAUGGAUGUAAUGUGCUGCACCGCGUCCAUCAUGACACUCUGCGUCAUCAGCAUAGACAGGUAUCUUGGCAUCACUAAGCCACUGACGUAUCCUGUGAGACAAAGUGGAAGAUGUAUAGCGAAAAUGAUCUUCUCCGUGUGGCUGCUCUCCGCAUCUAUCACGCUGCCCCCACUCUUUGGCUGGGCCCAGAACGUUAACGACGACCGCGUGUGUCUCAUCAGCCAGGACUUUGGGUACACCAUCUAUUCCACGGCGGUAGCGUUCUACAUCCCUAUGACUGUUAUGCUGGUCAUGUACCAUCGCAUCUACCGUGCGGCCAAGCUCAGCGCUGCCAAGCACACCAUCACCGGUUUCCCCCGGCCAGGUGAGGAAGAGGUGGGGCCCGACGGAGAGGCAGAUGGCGAGGAGCGCAGUGUAGACUGCGUGUCCGUGGCGCUGAAAUUGCACCGCGAGGUGGAGGACUGUGCACGCCUGUCUCGCCUUCUGCGCUCGGCCAGUGGCAAUGACCACAAGAGCAUUUCCAUCUUCAAGCGGGAGCAGAAGGCAGCGGCCACGCUCGGUAUCGUGGUGGGCGCGUUCACCGUUUGCUGGCUGCCAUUCUUCUUGCUGUCCACCGCGCGGCCCUUCAUCUGCGGCACCGAGUGCAGCUGUGUGCCUCUCUGGGUCGAGCGCACGUUGCUGUGGUUGGGCUAUGCCAACUCUCUCAUCAACCCGUUCAUUUACGCCUUCUUCAACCGCGACCUGCGCACCACCUACCACAACCUCAUACGGUGUCGUUACCGCAACAUCAACCGUCGCCUGUCUGCUGCAGGCAUGCACGAGGCCCUCAAGCUGGUGGAGAGGCCCGACCUGGUGGUUUGAACACCUCGAAGUUCGAACUCGUGCGCGUAGCCUACAUCAACAGGCCUUAUGGUGUCCUCAGCACAGUGGGGCCCAGACCUGCUCUUUGAGCCCAAGACUGGAUGGAACUGAUGGAACUCUUUUUGAACA